UCAAAUCUAUACGCCCUUCAAGGUUCUUGUUUCUAAUUCAUUUUGACUCAUCUAUUUAUUUAGGCAACCAUUCUUCGUGGUAGAGUAUGGAAGCGUACGCUUUACGACUUAAGCAUCUGCGAGACUCUGAUCAUCGCUAUAUUAAGUCUAAGAAAGGUUGAAGACAGUCUAAUCCAUUAGGCGUCAUAUCGUCAUAUCUCGUCUAAGUUCCGUAUUUCACGGGCCACAUUAUGGAUGCAUUUUUGAAAAGAACCAAGCGCAAAUCAUCUGCACUAGAAGAAGAAUCACCACAAUUAAUUGAUGAGAAUGAGUCAACGGACGUGAAAUUGGCGAUUCUGUCUUCACUUUAUUCGAAUAUCAGCCAAGAAGCCUUAUUAGAAGCACUCUUGGUGCACGACGGGUCUGUCGAGGCAGCUUCCGCUUCUUUAGCUGAGGAUCGGACCGGAUCACCUAAGAAACAGAGUAUUAGCGCCACGAUUGGUUGCCAAACCUCAUUGCGAUUAUUCGCUUCAAAACCUUCAGUAGAAGAGCGAUCCGUGUCGCCUAAAAAGACAAGAAGACUUUCUAAAAAGGGAACAACUCUUCACUUAUAUGAUCCUGAAGAUAUAGCUGAACAUACACCUUGUAGUAUAGUUCACAAUUUCUUACCACCGGAUGAGGCCAAUGCUCUUCUCAAGGAAAUGUUAGAUGAAUCGGAAUCAUUCGAAAAGAUUACUUUUAAAUUAUUUGACAACGUCGUCCAAAGUCAUCAUACAUCGAGCUUCUAUGUGGGAACAGAGGCAGAGAUCAACACUCAGAAAGACGACUAUUUUUAUAAUGGAGCUAGAUUAGAAGAUAUCCGACGCAUCACACCUCAACUUCUUCAUGUCAGGCCAAAAGUCCAAGAGGCUGUGAACAGAGAAAUUCAAACCCGCAUUAAGACCCGAUACCCCGAAGGACGAAAACUCAAGUAUCAAUCCUCCGAUUCUUGGUCACCAAACUGCGCAUUCGUCAAUUGUUAUAAUGGACCUCAACAAAAUGUCGGAUACCACACCGAUCAACUUACAUAUUUAGGCCCACGAGCUGUUAUAGGCUCACUUUCACUGGGGGUUGCAAGGGAAUUUCGCGUCAGAAGGAUCGUGCCAAAGGACGAUAAUACCAACUCGGAUGACUCUGAUGCUGAAGGGCAAAUUUCUAUUCACCUCCCCCACAAUUCGCUUUUGGUAAUGCACGCUGAGAUGCAGGAAGAAUGGAAACAUUCCAUCGCCCCAGCUCAAGCAAUCGACCCCCACCCCAUCGCGGGCAAUCGGAGGAUCAACAUCACGUAUCGCCACUAUAAAUCAGCUUUUCAUCCAAGACACACACCAAGAUGUAAAUGCAACAUCCCUGCGGUAUUGAGGGUUGUCCAGAAGAAAAAGGGAACACAGGGGAGAUAUUUCUGGAUGUGCUAUGGCGGAAAUGUGCCUGGCAAGGAGAAUUGUUCGUUCUUCCAAUGGGCUGAGUUCGACGACGAUGGAAAUCCUAGAUGGGAUAAGUCUCGUUAUAAAACCACCCCGACGAUGAUAUCUCCAACGACCUGACGCGACAAUAUGCUAUCUGAGAAAACGAGCUGGCCUUAUCCCAAAGAACGUCAAACAUCACUCGAGUUACAUGAGUGUUGUGUCACAUUCUAGAGCAUUAUCCCAAUGGAAAUUCCAUAUUUAUUAGCCUAUACUCGAGGGGGGAUAAAAUUUAUAUUCAUAUACAUGUGUUGGAUAUAGAAGAUAGCUCCCUCUUGCUACCACUCACCAAUUUUAUUGAAACUCGGCUUGGCCUUGCUUAACUACCCUCUCCUAUGGCUCGACAUAACGAGGUAGCGUUUGGUUGUAACCAUCAAACUGCCCUACAUUCAAAUCCCUGACAUUCAAGUCGUUGAAGAGUCUCAGAUUGAUCGGCUUCACCGAUUUACUACUCUCGACAAAUUUUUGCAUAGCCUCUGGCAUCUGGUUGAACUGUUCUUCAGAGAUUGGCAGCACAUGGUUGUGCACUGCUAUUCCACAGGUCUUGCAAAAGGUCUUUCCGAAUAGCUUCGUGUUGAAUAAAUAGACACCAAGGUUAUCCUCGCCCUCGA